UGAAAUCCCAAAUUCAUUUAUAUAAUGAUGCGAAUAUCUUUCAUAAUAAUCCUAAUAUUUCUCGAGAAUUAUAUUCGGAUAGAUGUUUUUCUCAUGGUACUGAUUCCACUGAUGGAGAUUUUCGUGCUACAAGAUCUUCUCU